GAGAGUCGCCGCCGCCGCCGCCGCAGCAGGAGGAGUAGCCGCCGCCGGAGCAGCGCAGAGCCAUGGCCGAAAACGCCGGCUUGGAGAACCAUCGCAUUAAGAGCUUCAAGAAUAAGGGCCGCGAUGUGGAAACUAUGAGAAGACACAGAAAUGAAGUAACAAUUGAACUUCGUAAGAAUAAAAGAGAUGAACAUUUAUUGAAAAAGAGAAAUGUUCCUCAAGAAGAAAGCUUAGAAGAUUCUGAUGUGGAUGCUGAUUUUAAAGCACAAAAUGUAACACUAGAAGCUAUAUUGCAGAAUGCCACAAGUGAUAACCCAGUGGUUCAGUUGAGUGCUGUCCAAGCUGCAAGAAAACUAUUAUCCAGUGACAGAAAUCCACCGAUUGAUGACUUAAUAAAAUCUGGGAUUUUACCAAUUCUAGUCAAAUGUCUAGAAAGGGAUGAUAAUCCUUCAUUACAAUUUGAGGCUGCAUGGGCACUGACUAAUAUAGCAUCAGGAACUUCUGCACAAACUCAAGCAGUGGUACAAUCUAAUGCAGUACCUCUUUUUUUGAGACUCCUCCAUUCACCACAUCAGAAUGUUUGUGAGCAAGCAGUAUGGGCCUUAGGAAAUAUUAUAGGUGAUGGUCCUCAAUGUAGAGAUUAUGUCAUAUCACUGGGAGUUGUCAAACCUCUUCUGUCCUUCAUCAAUCCCUCCAUUCCCAUUACCUUCCUAAGGAAUGUCACAUGGGUCAUAGUCAAUCUCUGCAGGAAUAAGGAUCCCCCACCACCUAUGGAGACAGUACAGGAGAUUCUGCCAGCAUUAUGUGUCCUCAUAUACCAUACAGAUAUAAAUAUUCUUGUGGACACUGUUUGGGCUUUGUCUUACCUAACUGAUGGAGGUAAUGAACAGAUUCAAAUGGUGAUUGAUUCAGGAGUUGUACCAUUUCUUGUGCCUCUUCUGAGCCAUCAGGAAGUUAAAGUUCAAACAGCAGCUCUGAGAGCAGUGGGCAACAUAGUGACAGGCACUGAUGAGCAGACACAAGUUGUUCUCAACUGUGAUGUUCUUUCACACUUUCCAAAUCUCUUGUCUCACCCAAAAGAGAAGAUAAACAAGGAAGCAGUUUGGUUCCUUUCCAAUAUAACAGCAGGAAACCAGCAACAAGUACAAGCUGUAAUAGAUGCUGGAUUAAUCCCUAUGAUCAUACACCAGCUGGCUAAGGGAGAUUUUGGAACCCAAAAAGAAGCUGCUUGGGCAAUCAGCAAUUUGACGAUAAGUGGACGAAAAGAUCAGGUUGAAUACCUUGUACAGCAGAGUGUAAUACCACCAUUCUGUAACUUAUUGUCAGUAAAAGACUCUCAGGUGGUUCAAGUGGUUCUAGAUGGUCUGAAAAACAUUCUGAUAAUGGCCGGUGAUGAAGCUAGCACAAUAGCUGAAAUAAUAGAAGAAUGUGGUGGUUUGGAGAAAAUUGAAGCAUUACAACAACAUGAAAAUGAGGAUAUUUAUAAAUUAGCAUUUGAGAUCAUAGAUCAGUAUUUCUCUGGUGAUGAUAUUGAUGAAGAUCCUAGCCUCAUUCCUGAAGCAACACAAGGAGGUACUUACAAUUUUGAUCCAACAGCCAACCUUCAAACAAAAGAAUUUAAUUUUUAAGGUCCCUAGAGGGCAGCUUCUCUCCCCAAUCAACCUGAAGUACCACCAGAUGGCUACCAAAUGACAAAAUCAAACAACAUCAAAAGGCUCCCAAACACACACGCCUCCUCUUCGUUUUGAUGCUUUUAAAGCAAGCCGUGUAUCGGUCACUUUGCAGUUGCCAAAAGUCACUCUCACAUGGACUAUAAAUGCAUAUGCAUGAUUUCCUAAACUGUUUAGAGUUUUCAACAACCCCAACUCUUCUAUUUUCUCCUUCUUUUUCCUGGUGCCACGUGCUGACAGCGCAGCCUACAGAUUUGUUAGAGAGCAGUGGCACAUCGGCUUUCCACAGAGCAUUCUUUGGAAAAUGGUGCACUGUGGAUCAAGACGCUUGGUAUGAUGCGUGCAUACAUGCUGGAAGACUUUACAGGGGCACAGUCCAACCUGGGCCUCCAUCACUGUCCUCCACAAACAUAUUUUCAUAUACUUUAUGUGGAAGAAUAGAUUUUAAAAUGCGAGCCAAAUGAUUUUCAUUGGUGAAACUGAAAAAAAAAAUUAACUUUAAAAAAUGAAACAAAAAAGAAAACUUGGUUAUUGAUUAAACAAUUAAGUUAAAAAACAAACUGUACUUCAUCUAUCAGUAAUUGAUGUGUUCAUUACCUGCCUCAGAAGCCAGGGUUGGAGAAAGAGCUCUAGAUUUGGACCGGUGACGCUUUUGCCAUUAUCCCUAACUGAGAACAGCGAGCCCUGUUUGGCCACUCACUUCAGCCUGUGUGUUCCUGCUGUUUUGAAGUAAUCAAAUGCUGUGCAUGGUAUUUUACCUGAGCUGCAACCUGUCCUGGACUUGGACUUCUGUUUAAGCUGAAAGCAAGAUACCCAACUGUGGGGAAAUAGAAGUCUGAAAUGAAAGACUCCUUGGUUAUAAGAGUCUUGCUUUCACCUUGCAGUCGUCAGUAUGUUUUGUUUUAAAUUAAUAAUUGAAUCUGGUUGAUUUAUAUUGGGUUUAAACUGUGGAGCUUUCAUGUUUACUGUAAUUUAGUCUUAAACUAUUUUUUACUUAGUGACCAGUGCUUUUGAUAAUGUGGUUGGCAACAAACCAGCAACUGUUUAGAAGAAGUGUCAUAAAAAGCUUCAUUUUUUGAGUGUCAGAAAAGCUUAUUUCUGAACCUACUCUUAAAACCAUAUUCCCAUGUUUAAAAAAGAUACCGACAAGUAUGUGUAAGGCUGUAUAGAAGAAGCUGCCAUUUUUUUCAGCAUAAAUCUGAUUUGCAGUGAGUGAUCUUUAAAUAGUUCUGCAUAAUCUGGUGGUAUUAUGUGAAGUCAUUGCUUUUGGUAAAAUUGUCUGACCCAGUUAUUUACAAAAGAAUAUGGUAUUUCUGGAGUGGGAAUGAACAAUUUGAAACUCUGUAAGCUAUCACAAAAAUGGAUUUGUUGCCAUUGUUUACCGGGUGUGAUUUCCCAAUGCAUUGAUGUGAAGGGA